AUGAUGUCCCACACUUUUAGUGCUAUUAUUGGUUCAAGCAUCCGUCAUUCAAAAUCUCUUUGCAUGAAUUUAAUACAUUUUAAUCGUGAAAAAGGGAACAACGCCGGUGUCUACAAGGGGACACAAGUGUUAGGAGGAUAUGUCUUUGCUAAAUGAUUGUAUUAAUGUAAUCGAUUGAAGCUAGUUUAUAUUUGCAGCACAAUGGUAUUAAGGAAAAUACUAAAAUAGUGUAUCGAUUUGGACUGGGGGUAUCCUAUUGUGUGUACAGAUUACUGAUUAGUUGAUGACGUUAGCUGGGCCUUCAAUUUCUCUUGUUUUGGCUAGUUUUCUAAUUUCCCAUUUGGCUAGUUUGCGGAUUUCCUAUUUGACUGUAGCUCGCUAGCUUAAUCUUGCUUCGUGACUUCCUCCCUUCGUUUUGCGUGAAGGCAUUUGAAAUGAAGAGAGUGAACAGCCUUCAAAGGUUCAUGAACAGACGGGCCUCUGCUAAUUGCCGCUACCAGCCCACCUGCUAUGAGCAUGCUGCAAACUGCUAUACUCACGCGCUACUCAUCGUACCAGCCAUUGUGGGCAUGGCCCUGCUGCACCGUCUCUCAGACGACCGCUGGGAGAAGAUCACAGCCUGGGUGUACGGCAUGGGCCUGUGUGCCCUCUUCCUGGUCUCCACUGUGUUCCACAUCAUCACCUGGAAGAAGAGUCACAUGAGGUCUGUGGAGCACUGCUUUCAUAUGUGUGAUAGAGUGGUCAUCUAUUUCUUCAUCGCUGCCUCCUACACACCAUGGUUGAAUCUUCGUGAGCUUGGCCCACUCGCAGUUCACAUGCGUUGGUUUGUAUGGCUAAUGGCUGCGGCAGGAACGAUAUACGUCUUCAACUACCACGAAAAGUAUAAAGUUGUUGAGCUCGCCUUCUAUUUGACUAUGGGUUUUUUCCCUGCGUUGGUUGUGACAUCAAUGAACAACACUGAUGGACUGUACGAGUUGGCCUGUGGGGGACUCAUCUAUUGCCUGGGUGUGAUCUUCUUCAAGUCGGACGGGGUCAUCCCGUUUGCCCAUGCCAUCUGGCACGUGUUUGUGGCGCUGGCUGCAGCCGUGCACUACUACGCUAUCUGGAAGUACCUCUACAGGAGUCCCCCUGCUAAUACUAUUCGGGAUGCCUGACCCCCACCGCAUCAAGUAGGCUAACUGAAAACACAUUGCCCUCCAGUGCCUCUCGACAUAGGCACCAUCAAAUAAAGACUCCCACAACUGCCCACCGAGGAUGCAACCACAGCCGGAAAGUUUACGAAAAUGACCAUGCAUUGUUUACUGUUUUCAGGUAGGGAACAGUUUUUCUGUUUUAUCUUUGACUGUACAAACAUUGAACAAAGGUUAUUUGUAAUUCUGUUUUUGUACAACUGUUAUUCAGUUGGAACCCCCAAAACAACUAAAAUGAUCAACUUUUGACUUCCAUUUGGGAAUUGUUCUCAUCUUCUACACAUAAUGAUACGUUGGGCUGAGUUGAUAUCAGUGCUUUGUAUCACUUCACAUUCCAUACUUAGUAUCAUCUGUCAUUUGUAGGGAUUUUGUCAGUCAUCUUAUUGAUUGGAAUGCAGUUGGGAAGGACAUUCAAUAGAGUUGGGCUUUUCACUCUGAGGUAAAUGUGCACGGUACACAUUGGACACACAAUGUCUGAAUCAGUAUUUAUCAGUAUCUAAGUGCAGUCUUAUUUUUCAGAAGCACUUUUGUAUGAUAAGAACCAUUGGAUAUGAUGUUUAAUAAGUACUCUGAUUUGUGUAAUUGUAUUCUUUCCCACAAAUAUGGAGCCUUCAGAAGGUGAGUAUUUGAGUUGGUAUAGCUUUUAAAAAGGGUCUCUGUGAUUGGACUGAACUUCCAGAAAGAUACAAUAUCUACAGUACAUCUGAGAUGUCCUGUACUUCUGCACAUAUCACUGCUGCCACUUUAAUGGUAUAGUAGAUAGUUCCAUUAUAUCACACACUUCCUGAUUUAAAAACUCUCCUUACAUCCUAAAUUACCCUUCUGUUCUUUGUAUUAAUUUGAACCUGUUAUGUGUUUUUGGAUCUUCAAUGGUACUCUGUUCCCUACCUUUCUUUUGAGGAGUAAUUGCCAUUUCAGUUGAGAAACUAUGAAGACCAGUACCAUUAUACUAUGAAGUUGAAUUGAUUGAGAAACGUGUCAUGUACAACAACCCUAUAAUGAUUUUUAAUGGUUGGUAGAUUUAUCCAUUUUUAGCUUUCUCACUUGUUUCUCAAAUUGCCAGAGACAGUUUUUGGAACAGGUGUUCACAAAUGUUCCUUGUGUAAAACACUGUACAGCCCUUGGUGAGCCUUUUGUUUUCCCCUCCCUGACAUUUUGUGAGCUAUGCUAAGUGGAGAAAUCAGAUGAUUUCUGUUAUGGAUUGUAGCCAUUCUGAAAUGUCUUGCUCCCUUUACCACAAUGUUUUGUAAUAUUUGUAUAUUCUGUUUUGGCACAUGAUCCUGUACUGGCCUUUUUAGGGAAAACAUCUGCUUCUUAUUAACUCUCUACUUUAUCCAUUGGGUGUAUUGGUGCUGUACAUAUAGAAAACAAUGUUCACUCUGUAAGAAAUAGGUUACUAAUGUGUUGAUGAAAAAUAAAUGCCCUCAACAUUG